GGUUCUGCACCCGGUAGCAGGCGGCAUCUCUGCGGUUCGCAUUCCGGGUGCGGGGCAGGGAGGCGUCUGGCCAUGGCGUCCCCAGCGACUGGCGCGGUGGUGAUCGUUGGCAGUGGACUCAUUGGACAAAGCUGGGCUAUGUUGUUCGCCAGUGGAGGCUUCAAGGUGAAACUUUAUGACAUUGAGCAACAGCAGAUAACAAAUGCCCUGGAAAACACCAGAAAGGAGAUGAAGUUGCUGGAGCAGUCAGGAUCUCUGAAAGGCUCUUUGAGUGCUGAACAACAGUUGUCACUCAUCAGUGGUUGUUCAGAUAUUCGAGCAGCAGUAGAGGGCGCCAUGCACAUUCAGGAAUGUGUUCCAGAAGACCUAGAACUAAAGAAGAAGAUUUUUAUUCAGUUAGACCGGAUCGUCAGUGAGAGCGUUGUCUUAAGCAGCUCCAGCUCCUGCCUCCUGCCCUCCAAAUUAUUUUCAGGUUUAGCACAUGUGAAGCAGUGCCUUGUGGCUCAUCCUGUGAACCCACCAUAUUACUUGCCAUUGGUUGAGCUGGUUCCUCACCCAGAGACAUCUCCUGAAACAAUGGACAGGACCCAUGCCCUCAUGCGCAAGAUUGGACAGUCCCCAGUCCGGCUCACGAAGGAGGUGGAUGGCUUUGCUCUGAAUCGCCUGCAGUAUGCAGUCAUCGCAGAGGCCUGGAGGCUGGUGGAGGAAGGAAUAGUGUCUCCAAACGACCUCGACCUUGUCAUGUCAGAUGGCCUGGGCAUGCGGUACGCAUUCAUCGGACCCCUGGAAACCAUGCACCUCAAUGCAGAAGGUAUGGUUAGCUACUGUGACAGAUACAGCGAAGGCAUGAAACGUGUGCUGAACACCUUUGGGCCCAUUCCAGAGUUCUCUGAUGCCACAGCGAAAAAAGUUCACCAGGCCUUAUGCAUAAAGAUUCCUGCUGACCCAGAGCACUUAACUGCCCGAAGGAAGUGGAGGGACCAGUGCCUCAUGAGACUUGCCAAGUUGAAAAGCCAGAUGCCAUCCUUGUAGAAUUUCUUGUAAUGCUCCUGUCACUGGAAAUUCUAUUUGGUAGAUAUUUAAGCAUUAAUCAAAUUGCUCAGAAACAGGCUGCAGCCAUAGUCCUGUUUAGCAUGCAGAUUGAGCUUGAUUGCCACCUUGUAGGUGCAUGAAGAUGGAGGUUGUGUGGCCUUCUGGUCCCUUCUGAUAAUCCUGAGGCCUGGGUGUCACAGCAGCACUGGGGUGCUAAGGGCUGGUGAUUCCCUGCCAUCUGGACAAGACAGAAAGCAAACAGUCUAAAGAUUUUCACCUUUUCUUUCCAGUGUGAUUAUAUACUUUAGAGCCAAAGACUAUAGUUUCAGGUUACUUUCAUCUGUGCCAACUAUUUUUGUAAUUACUUUCUAAUCCCUUUCUGAGUACUCUGUGGCCCUACAAUUAUGAGGCAACUACAUUUAUGUUGUUGACGAUUAUUCCAAAUAAAACUUACUUGA